AUGCAGAAAGCAGCAAAAAGGCAGAACUUUGCGCCAGCAGCAGCAGCAGCAGCACCGGCUACAGCAGCAGCAGCACCACCAGCAGCAGCACCAGCAGCAGCAACACAGGCCGCCGCCGUGAGGGCCGGAGGGCUGCUAGUUGCUCGUGUGGCCCCUCCAGCAGCAGCAGCAGCAGCAGCAGCAGCAACAGCAGCAGCAGCAGCAGCAGCAGCAGCAGCAGGCCACCUCGACGAUGGGGAAGACUUUCUUGCUGCUGCUCUUAGAGAGACUCAGGAGGAAACGGGUUUAAAGAAGGAACAUUUGAAAGUCUUGAGUUCUUUUUGGAGGGACCUGCGGUACGAGGCUCGAGGCAAGCCGAAGCAAAGCCGCUACUUUUUGGCGGUUUUGGAAAACCCUGAAACCCCCGUUAAGAUAUCUGACGAGCACACGGAGUACAGGUGGGUAGGGCUAAAGGAGGCGCAGCAGCUGAGCGGAGUGGUUCAGCGGCAAGGGCCUGGCUAUGACCAAACGAAAGCGAAUCAAAAAGCCCACAAAGAGGUGCACAAUCAACCUGCAGCAGCAGCAGCAGCAGCAGCAGCAGCAGUAGUGCAGCAGCAGCAGCAGCAGCAGCAACGCAGAAGCGGUAGGAGCAGCUUAUGCAACAGCGGUGGCGAUAGCUGCAGCGGCAGCAGCAGCAAAAGUAGCAGCUGCAACAGAAGGAGCAGCAGCACCAGCAGCAGCAGCACGACCAAAAGCAGCAGCAACAGCAGCAACAGCAGCAGCAGCAGCAGCAGCAACGCUAACAUCAACCGCAGCAAAAACAACAACAAAAGCAAGAAGAACACUAACAACAAAAGCAGCAGCAGCAGCAGCACCUACAUCUACGGCAACAACAGCAGCAGCAGCAACAGCAGCAGCAGCAGCAGCAGCAGCAGCAGCAACAGCAGCAGCAGCAGCAGCAGCAGCAGCAGCAGCAGCAGCAGCAGCAGACCAAAGAAAAGCAAUAGGUGCAGCAAUCUUGAGGAUAACUUCGAGCAGCAUAUCAGAGCCGCUGGGGUGUCUCCUCAGCUUUUGCCCCGGAGGGACAGACAGCUGCAGCAAAAGAGGUUUGCCUGCGAGUCGAGGACCCAGUCCGUGGUGUCUGCUGCUGCUGCGCCGCUAGCUGAAGAGAAGCAGGGGCCCCCAGCCCCCGCAGAACCCCCAAAAACGGAAACCUCUGAAACCUCCAAGCUGCCAGAGUCUGCAGCAGAAGAGGCGCCGUAA